UGAGGAAGAUGAAGGGCCCAAUUGUAUUGUUUCUUUGCCUCAAACUUGCGACUUUUCACUCACCCAUUUCGCAAAAGCGACAGGCAAAGCCACAGAUGCUACAUUCUUUUAUGCGAAAGAUGUACACCUCGCGUGCACAAGCUAAUAGAAAUGGUAGCUUCACAGUCUCAUUGCGCCGAGAUCAGAGGAUUCUUGCUGACUCCAUUCGAGGGUUUCAGCUGGAGAAAGGCGGAACUACGUGGAAAGGGUCUACCAUUGAGUUGAAAUUUCACAUGGGAAACAGUUUCAAGGACGACACAGUAGUAGAGGCUGAGCUUGUGUUGACGUCCAGACUUUCAGCUAAAUUGUUGCGCCGACGAUAUAAUGUCAGCGUGUAUCAUGAACAAUCGGUUUUGGUGCCAAACGAUACAAGGCUUUUGGAUUCCCGUACUCUUCCUGGAAAGGCAAAUGCUGAGUUUGGUCUCAACGUGACACAAGCUGUGAGGAUGUGGAGUUCAUCUUUGGCUAGGACUUACACACUACUGGUAAAGAUAGAACCACAUGAUGACUCUAAAGCUUCCUUAAGUGUCUGGAGAUACCUGGAACAUGGCCACAUGCAAGGACCCUUCCUUGUGCUGUACACACAAUCAAAACAGGGACAAAAGAAUGAUGACAUCUGGAGGUUGUUGACAAUCAAUUGGCUUGCACUUUCACCUGUGCUCAACAGUUCCACUGCCCAAAAUGAUUACAGCAAUAGCAGUUAUACACAACUUUCUGGAAAAAACACUGGAAGGUCUCCUAGGAACCCAAGUCUCACUUGCCACAAGGUUUCAUUUGCAAUGAGAAUGCAAGAUAUUUACCAAAAUAUUGUUGUACCACAGACUGCAGAUAUAAACUACUGUGAUGGCUAUUGCUACUUCCCUAUUCAGAAUCACUUAACUCCCACAAUGCAUGCCAUAACAUGGGCAUUGAUUUGGAAAAGGCAAAACCCAAUAACAAUCACACCCAAAAGACCCAUGUGUGUCCCAUCUAAGUUGAUUGCUCAAACUGUAAUCCAAUCUGACCCCGAAACAGGCCAGCCAGUGCAGAAACAGUGGUUGAAUUUUUCUGCCCCAGAGUGCGGAUGCCGUUAAAUCAGUUAAAGGAC